CCUCACGGCUGCGUCCUGUCAUCCCCACUCUUUCGUAUUCCCCACUAUUCAUCUCUCCAGUUAAACCUGUUCGCUCUUUCGAAUGACUUGACAAAGGACCAAUAUGCCCGGCACCCUCCUUCUCGACGACACUCCCAUCCCUCCGCAGCUUGACCGGGCCGCAGCCCCCUCGCAGCUAUUCCAGGUGCCCCCAACGCCCUCGGCAUCCUCCGCCCUUUACCGCACCAUUUCUCGCCGUAAAAGGUCUCAUUACUCUAGUCCUCCCGGCUACCCUGGUGGCUUCCGUGAUCCAUCCACCGACUACGAUACCCAUCACGACGACGACGAUGAGAACGAGCGUCGCAUCCUCGGCGAGGGCGACUAUCGGCCCAGCCGCUAUCGAAACCCGCCGCGACGGUCUGCCUCGCUAGAAGACAGCGUCGACUCGCUGCCGGAUGUCGGUCGCAAACGCAGUCGGCUCGACCCUUCCUCGUCUUCCGCCGCCAUCGUCGCCGCAUCGCCGUCCGAAAAAGUCAUCUACCCGUCGCCGGUCGAGUCUCCCGUCUCGGGCUCCUGGGGUCGGACGGUGAUGGACGUUGUGGGCAAAGUGUGGGACUUCUGCUGGACAGGCGCCUUCCGAGGGUUCUACGCGGGUGGAGGACCGGGCUACCCGAUGGCAACCGGAGAGAGAGCCGGGCAUGAGGCCGUGGACGCAAGUUACAGCUACCAGACGGUGGCCACGGAGAAGCACCAUUUCGAAUCGACUCCCAUUCCAGGAGAGUUUCCGAGUGAACACCGGCGGUAUAGCAGUGGAUGGGGUCAUGACGAUGAUGCCUCUUUGCACGGCAACUGGGUCCUGGUGUCACCCGAGGCUGAUGACACCAGUCCGUCCCUCCGGCGGCGAACAGCAGCGGGAUCCGAUCGUCCCGUCGCUCAUCUAGCCCACAAUUACCACGCUUCAGGCCACCAUUCCCGUCGACGACAUCCCCAGUCAAGUAAGCGCACGCUACUAUCUCAGCCGGCAGGCAAGAUGCCCUUUUCAUCACCAGCCAAGCCACGCGAGAGUCCCGUGUCGGUCGAAACCCAGCGUUAUAUGGCGAGACGACGACGGAUGGAGCGCGAGGAAGACGCCAGUCUCCGGCGGCUGAAUGAACAGCUUCAAGCCAUGAUCCGAGAGGGGAAGCAAGCAUUGGGGACCCGGGUCGAGGUGGAGAUGGAAGACGGGUAUGACAUGGAGGAUUAACGUUGUCUUUUUACUCGUGGUUUGCAAGACAAAUCACGACCCUGCGGACUUUUUUUGGAAACGGAAUAUUGCUACGAGUACCCCACAGUGGAACGAAUCAAUGAUUAAUGAAUGUACUUACUACGAUUUGGUUAUUACUUACAUGAUGGACAAUGACAAAAGAAUGACACCAA